GGCGUCUUCACCCUAACCUAACUUAACUCACACUUAUUUACCCAUUGUUUACCCACGCCCCAUGUGCUACCCAAACUUAACAAAACACAAAUAAAAAAACGUGUUACAAUUUACGCCCCCAUGGCAGGCACUCAGUGCGGCGAAUGCAAAAAAUCCUUCUCAAAAAUCGGAAAUCUGCGUGCCCACGUGAAGAGAGCGCACCCAGACAAACUAAAUGUUUUGGCCCCAAAAAAGACCUACGCGCCCGUCGCCACCUGCAUCGAGUGCAACAACACCUUCGUGAACACCAGCAACCUGAACGCCCACAUUCGAACAAAGCACCCCGAUCUGAUCAAAAAUAAAGCCCAGUGCGAGAUAUGCAAAAGCGAAAAUAAAAAAUCGUCGGCGUUCUGCAAGCACGUGAAGAACCAUAAGAACGCCAGACGGAUGAAUUGCAGUUUGUGCCGGGUGUUUAGCGACAGUUCGAAGGCCAAUCUUCUGGAACACUACAAGCAAGCGCACGAAAUUAAACUAGAGUACGAGGAAGUCGCGUUUUCGUCAUUCAACGAGUUCUUGCUAUGGAAGCAGAGGAUUGAAAAAGACACCCAAGCGUCUUUUGUCACGAUGCACGGCUCGAGUAAAACUAAGUCUCAUACACUGAUCCGGUAUAGUUGUCACAGAUCUGGAGAAUUUAGAAGAAAAGGGAGUAAUAAAAGAAAAUUGAAGAAACAAGGGAGUAAUAAAAUUGACGCGUUUUGUCCAGCUAGUAUGAAAGUCACGAUUAAAAACGAGCGCUGCGAGGUGGUUUUUCAGAGAAGUCACGUUGGUCAUAAACAAGAACUAAGACACUUGUUUUUGACUUCUGAAGAACGACAAAAAAUAGCGUCUGAAAUCGCGUCAAAGGUGCCUUUUGACACGAUUUUGGAAAGAGUGCGCAAUUCUGUUAUGAAUGCAGAAUCUCCAAGACUAAAUUUAUUGACAAAACAAGACUUAUACAACAUCCAGAAAAGCCUACACCUGAAUAGAGAAAUCUCGCAUCGUGAUAUCAACCUUGAAGACUGCAUAAAUGAGAUGGAAGAAAAUGCUACUGAAAAUGAUUUAUUCAUUGAUACGGAUCACAUAGAAACAGAGGUGCCAGUGGAUGCGUUGAUUGAACCCCCCACUAAAACCACAAGUGUGGAAAGUACUGGAAACACGUUUCUUGAGAGAAAAAAGCAAGUGUUGGCGGAAGUUUUAGAUAUUUGCGAGAGCGUCUCAACUCCUGAAGAACUAGAAGUUAUAGAGAAGUGUUUGGAGUCUAUUAGGAAAUCUAUAGAAGAGCUAAGGCCUCAGAAUUCGUGAAAUGAUGAAGACAACAAAUGACGGAAGAUUCCAAUGACAGUUGUCUCCUACACAAAAAAAUUGUAUUGAGAAUCUGAUAAUAAAGUAUUGGUUGUGAAACUGAAUUGAAAUAAACUGUGAUACUGUG